AUGGCGCCGAGCUGCUACGACGUGGCCGCGUCCAUGCUCCUCUGCGCCGAGGAGCACAGCAGCAUCCUGUGCUUUGAGGAGGAGGAGGAGGAGUUGGAGGCGGUCGGGAGAAAGAGAGGCCGGUCGCCGGACUACGGGGACGAUUUCGGCGUGGAUUUGUUCCCGCCGCAGUCGGAGGAAUGCGUGGCCGGUCUGGUGGAGAAGGAGCGGGAGCACAUGCCGAGGGCGGACUACGGCGAGAGGCUGCGCGGCGGCGGCGGCGGCGUCGAUCUCUGCGUCCGCCGGGAGGCCAUCGACUGGAUUUGGAAGGUUUGCACAUACUACAACUUUCGUCCUCUCACUGCCUACUUGGCAGUGAACUAUCUUGAUCGUUUCCUCUCACGGUACGAGCUGCCGGAAGGCAAGGACUGGAUGACACAACUCCUCUCGGUGGCGUGUGUUUCUCUAGCCGCCAAGAUGGAGGAAACCGCCGUCCCGCAAUCCCUGGACCUUCAGGUCGGAGACGCGCGCUAUGUGUUUGAGGCGAAGACGAUCCAGAGAAUGGAGCUCCUUGUUCUAAGCACCCUCAAUUGGAGGAUGCAGGCCGUCACACCUUUCUCCUACAUGGAUUACUUCCUAAACAAGCUCAAUGGUGGCAACGUGGCGCCAAGAAGCUGGUUCUUUCAAUCCGCAGAGCUUAUCUUGUGUGCAGCCAGAGGAACCUGCUGCAUAGGGUUUAGGCCGUCUGAGAUCGCCGCCGCAGUUGCAGCCUCCGUGGUCGUCGGAGAAGUGAACGUCUCAGGCAUUGAGAACGCCUGCACCCACGUAGAUAAGGAGCGGGUGUUGCGGUGCCAGGAAGCGAUCCAGUCCAUGGCGUCCUCGGCCAUUGACACUGUGCCACCAAAAUCUGCGAGCGGCAGGACCUCCUCCCCUGUGCCUGUGCCGCAGAGCCCUGUAGGGGUGCUGGACGCGGGCUGCCUCAGCUACAAGAGCGAAGACGAUGCCGCGGCAGCAGCCACUGUUGCUGCCUCACAUGGGGCCUCUGGCUCUUCAAGCUCCUCUCCCCCAGUGACCAGCAAAAGGAGAAAACUCACCAGCCGAUGA